AUGCUACGCGAAGCAGCAGCAUCAGUAACUAUCUGGUUGUCGCUUUCGCUUCUUCAGGCAAAGCAGGCGGUCCCCAGCGACUCCACGCUUCGCAGCUGGCUGAAGGCCGUGAGGGGCAUCAAAGAAGAAGCACUCACCGCCCUAAAGGACCUGGUCGAGUCCGAAGAUAAGUCCAUCGACCUCAACCUCGUCACCCUAGCUUACAUCAGCAAGGAUGACUUCAUGGCGCUUUCAGCUGAGGAGCAGGGCUUCAAUCUGCAGAUCCUGGCCAGGUGGAAGAAGUUCCAGCAAGGAAGAGCAUUCAAGGCGGACGUCGACACCCCCCCGAUCAUUGCGCAGGCCAAGGACGUGGCACAAUGGUACUUCGCCCUUUGUGGCAUCGUGCCUUACCAGGAUUGGUCGCAGGAGCUUAAAAGGCUCAAGGAGGCGAAGAAUGCGGUUACGAGGAAGAAGCUGCAGCUGGCGAAACCCAUGAAACGCCCUUCCGAGCGCAAGAGGAAAGGGAAGUCGUGGGGGGGAGCAGGGAGAGGGAGUAGAGGGGCGAAAGGACGGAGACGAACUGCAAGGAAGAGCAAAACCCAAGGGGGGGGGGAGGAGGAGGAGGAGGUGGUGGUGGUGGUGGUGGAGGAGGAGGAGGAGAAGGAGGACGAGGACGAUGAGAACAACGACGACGGGAAGCGGAAGGGGAAAGGGAGGAGGAAGGACAACAACGAGUCGCCGCUCAUCCGAUGCGGCACGUGUAAACCGGAGCCGGACAACAGGUGGUCCUGCCAUAAGUGCAACAUGCACCACAGAAUGUUUUGCCCGUUGGUGGAAAAUGCUUACUCAGACGAGGGCGUGAGACUGCCGAAAAUGCAGUGCAAGACUUGUCCCGAGAAGGACGGGAAGGGUGGAAGUGGCGGGGAAAAGAAGAAAAGGCGGAAGAUGCACGAUGUGUUCGACAAGGUCGCCGCAUUCCCCGAGGAAGACCAGUCCGACGCCGACAUGAAAAGCUUUCUGAAGGUGUACUACAGCCACAGCGUCGGCGUCGACGACCUGUUGACGCACGUGGGGACGAAGGAGCCUGCGAAGCUGUUGUUUCUCAACCCCGGUGCCGACAAGACCCUCUUACCCGACAACGCGACCACUCUCGCCCGCAUCCGCGACCUUACCCGUGCGCUGGUCGCGUCCGGUAGCCUUCACGCGUCCGGUACUGUCGUCUGUGAUCUUCCCACGCCGGUCUACGAACACGCGCACCGCUGGGCUGGUGCUUUCAAGCAAGCGGGAACGGCACUGGAGGUUGAGGACCAUCCUAUGCUGGUAGAGUUCGAGUCCCGGGGAGGCGGGCGCCCAGGACACAAAUCGGACCGUCGUCACCUUACCGGAAGGGUUCACCAGUUUCUCGUGGCUCACCAAGCCACGACGGGCGAUAGCAUCCCUAGCGUCAGGUUCACGUGCAACCAAACCGUGACCGCCGAUGACGUCCACGGUGCUGAAUCUUCGUCGGGUCCCUGUCUUAAUCUCAUGAAGGCGGUGCCGUUCGAGAAUGCACUAUCACCGUUCCCCCCUCGCCUCCUGACCAUGUGUAUCAACAGGUUCACUAACCUGCAAGACACAGUCGUGUCUACCUGCGGCGACCGAGACAAGACGAUCGAGACUGCGCUCUCCCUCGGUAGGAAGGUGGAGGUGUUUCCAGUCGACGAUAGAAACGUAGACGAGAUGCGAGAACGCGUGAAGGACGCCUUCGACAUCGCGUGGGCAGACGGCGUGUUCAAGCGGGAGCCGGACCCCGCCGGUGGUUUGAGAACGAUAAGUCCGGGGAAUCUGCCGGAUGCUGUUCCUCGUUCUUCCGCGCCAGCUAGCGUCCCUACCGUCGUCCAAGACAUGAUGGCAGAAGCGGGCGAGACUGGUGACGAGCCAUCUGACAAGGAUGGAUACGACAGCAGCUACGCCCUUUACACAAUUCCGAAGAUGAAGUACGCAAUGAACGGCCCGGAGAUUCCUAUCUGGGGGGACAUGGAGAUCCACCUCUCACCAGCGGAAGCGAGGGAGUCACUCCGCGCCGACCGGGUAGACGGGGCUGUUCGGCUUAUCCGCGUCGCCGACAGCGCACAGCUAAAACAAAUGCUCGUUCCAGGCAAGGAGUUCGUCGCGCCAGGGGCCACGCUUUACAUGCGCGUCGCGAAAACAUGCCCCGCCUAUUACGCGCGAUGGGAAUCUAGCGAUCCCUUCACCCACCACGAGAUUUUGUCCGAAGUUCCACGAGACAAGAAGAAGUCUGACACUCAUGCCCUGUGGUUUGAUGCUGAGGAUAACCCCAAGACUCCCAUCAAGCUCAGAAUCUACAAAGGGGUGACUAACACUUCUGAAGCCCAGCCGGUCCUCGUCAGGCCCGGAGGCAGUGCCGUCUACCUCCACGACGGUGAAAACAGCACCAGCGACAUCGACGGCGACGACGGUGGUCCUCUGGACAAGGACGAUUAUUAUGAAGCGAUGACUCCGGUGGCAACGCUAAACGACUUUCUGCCAUUGACAAUGAUGAUGCCAGUGGUGGAGAGGAGGAACCUGUAUUCAGCGAUUAGAACAAGUUCGAGUGGCAACACCACGCGCGGGGGUGCCAGUGGUGGGACAUAG